AUCAGAGCGCGGAGAGACGGAAGCCGAUAAGAUCGGGCCUCACUCGGGGAAUAUUCAUCCUUAUUAGACCUCCUGCAGUAGUUCACCAGAGGACACCAGCUCUUAACUCUCAUCACGAACACUUCUGAACGGACUACAAUGACGCACGACGCGGAGAUGAUCCCCGAGGUUUCCGCCGCAGCGGGCUUCGUGUGCAGACUGUUGCGGAGCCGAGGACGCCUGAGUGACGCGCAGCUGCACGUGUUCAGAGACGGUCUCGCGCAGGCGCUCUCAGAACACUACCAGCACCACUGGUUCCCCGACAGGCCACAGAAGGGAUCUGGAUACCGCUGUAUACGCAUCAAUCACGAGAUGGACCCUCUGAUUGGCCGAGCGGCCGGUCACAUUGGACUGACGAGUGGGCAGCUGUUCUCGCUCCUGCCGCGUGAGCUGACGCUGUGGGUCGACCCGUACGAAGUGUCCUACCGCAUCGGCGAGGACGGCUCCAUCUGUGUACUCUACGAGGCGGAGCCACCGGUCUCAGGCCACGCCCCCUCAGCGUACGACCACACGGCAAACUGCAAAAACCGCUUCAUGAUGAGUGGCCGAACGAGUCCGCCGAAAAACUACCUAAUGAUGGUGUCCAGCUGAACACGCGACUGACCGACCAACUGACCAACCGCCGAGAGUUUACCAUUCCCACGACUUCACAUCCUUUAUUUAAGAUGAACAUUAAAGCACUGGUUGUUACGCGACUGGACGACUGACUCGAGAGAGAUUUCGGCACUGUGACUCUCUUGUUUUUACGUGUUUCCACUGGUGCUCGCGCACGGUUUUAGUGCAAUUACGAUAAUACCUCACGACUCUCACGAGAAUGUAAAGCAAUUAAGGGCCUGAAAUGUACUUUGCGCAAACAUUUGUUUUUCUGUACAAAGGUUCUCUUCAAAGUCGACCAUGAUGAUUAACUAAUUUGCGUUUUAUAUGGCGCCACCUGUGGUGACUUGGAGAAUACAACGUGUUUACCUUCAGUACGUUUCAGGUCUAAAAGGCACCGGUGAUGGUGCUUCAUAAUUUCUGCAGGAGCUGCUAACGAAAGAUGUAUACGUAAAAUACUUUUAUAAUUCUGAACCAACUCCCAUAAUCCCCUCUGCCUUAACCCCAGCACCACCGCUCUCUUAAUAAACGCCACUGCCUGACUCUUUAAGUCUUACUGUGCAAUAUUCAGGUGAAGUCCUCAGGUGAUGUCGUGUGGACUGGAGGCUCCACUGCUGGCGUCUCUGGGGAAGGGAUCGUGUUUUCCCAGGAUGCUUUGCAGGUGUUGGUUGGUUUGGGGCAGGAGUGUGAGCAGAGACUCUCGUCUGUAGCAUCUCGCGGGCUGCUGAGCAGCUCGUCUACUGUUUUAGAUGUAGUUUGUAAGCUAUUUCAGAGCAGAGUUGCUUUUAAUGUACUUUAUUUUUUAAAUGCGUUUGUGCAGAUCUAUAGCUGUACAGUUGAUUUUUAUUACAAUAAACCUUUUAUGAGUUAAACCCUC